AUGUUGGAUAAGCUAAGAAACAUUAUGGAGGAAAAAAAGGGAAAAGUGUCAAGCAUGGCGAUAAGAGGUAGACGAAAGGCCAUUGCAAUGGAUCUAAAGAGUUGGAUGGUAUUUUCAGAAACAGGUGAAUCCAUCGUUGAGGAUCUUGACAAACACUCCAUCAUGCGACGAACAGGUUUACCGUCGCGUGAUCUUAGAGUUCUUGAUCCAACACUUUUUUACCCUUCUUCUAUUAUAGGACGAGAGAAAUCCAUUGUUGUUAACCUAGAACACAUUAAAGCCAUCAUCACUUCAAACGAGAUGCUUAUAAUUAAUUCUUCUAGCCCUUUCUUUAUUUUGUUCCUUCAAGAUCUUCAAGCGCGUGUUCCUCGUUCUAGUAAUAUCCAUAAGCUUACAUCGACUGGUAAUGGCGUUGAUGGUGAUUCUCAAUCAACAAAUUUAGUAGAGGAAGGGUCACCGUUGUUACCAAGUCACGUUGAUUCUCUGAAUAAUGCAUCAAAGGGUACACUCAUUGAUGUAGCGGAAACAUCAUAUUAUAAGCAGUUACCUUUUGAGUUUAAAGCUCUUGAGGCUUGUAUUGAAUCUGCAUGUGCAUGCCUUGAAUAUGAGAAUCAAAGAUUGGAAGAGGAGGCUUACCCGGCUUUAGAUGAACUGGCUUCUCAAAUAAGUACUCUAAAUCUUGAACGUGUAAGGCAUAUCAAGAAUCGUUUGGUUGCACUUUCUGGUCGUGCACAUAAGGUAGCGGAUCAGCUAGAAAACUUGUUGGAUGAUGAUAAUGACAUGGCUGAAAUGUACUUGACAAAAAAACUUGACGAUUGCUCAAUAGGCCAAACACCAUUAACAAAAGGAUGCAAUUUAGCUAUUGAUGAAGAUAUAGACAAAAGUGAUGAAUCAGAUAUGGUUCAAUACAGAUCCUAUGAAUCUAAACCUGACGUUGAAGAAUUAGAGAUGCUUUUAGAAGCAUAUUUUGCGCAGAUAAAUGGAAUUUUGCAAAGAUUAUCCAGUUUGAGUGAGUAUGUAGAUGAUACAGAGGACCACAUCAACAUAAUGUUGGAUGAUAAGCGAAAUCAACUACUACAAGUAUCAAUAAUGUUCAGCACAAUGAACGUGAUAGUCAGUGCAGGUAUUGCGGUUGUUGGGUGGUUUGGCAUGAACAUUCACAUUGAUCUCUUUGAAGGUCAACCUCGUCAAUUUUGGGCUACAGUUGGUGGCACAUUCUCAGGUUGUAUAUUGUUAUUUAUCGUUUCUAUUUGGUGGGGUAAAAAAAGAUAUAUUUUGUCUCAAUAA